AUGGACUGGAAGGUAAGAAACGUACAAAUACCUCUUCUGUUCUUGUUUACUGAACUGUAUUCAUGUCUUCAAUGUUUUCAUAAAUCAAAACAAUGUGUGAGAAUUAAUACAUUCUGAUUGGAUUAAGGCAUUUCCGUAGCGAGAUUUAUGUUUUGAGCCCUGAAUGGUAUUUUCUCUAAGUGUAAUUUCUGGGCUCAAGAUUUUAACUUUUACUGAGGAUUUUGUUUUCCUUACACCGAUAUACGUUUUUUCAGAUGUGGGUAUAUUUAGAUUUUACUGUAGUAAGGUUAGUUAGACUCAUGCAAUUAUGUCACAAACUUUCAUUGCCUAUACUGUGAAAAUGUUUAUUAUUUUACAUGAAUUUUAUAUACAAACACAAAACAUACUAAACGUUGUGGUGUAGUGACAAGAACCAACUUAUGUUCUUAGAAAAAUGUCGGUUAUAAUAACCAGGCUGAAUAAUGUCUCCAGUUUAGCAGAAUCUUCCAUUUCUGUUAUUUUGGUGGUAAUUUGGGAGUUGGUUCUCAGAUCAAAUACAAUUUACUGUUCGGUGAAUAAUCAAUAGAAAGAUUAUAUAAAUAUGUAUCAGACCUUAUAAGGUACAGUUAAAGUAAAUAGAAAAAUCCAGAAAGGGCAUUAGCGUAACAAAGUCUUAAUCUGUUCUUUAAAUGGUCUUAUACCAUGUGGAUGCUCGAUGUGGAGAUCAAAUAUUAUACAGAAUACAUCAGGAGACAUUGCACUCACAAUGAACAACAAAAGAGAUUUUAGAUCAGAAAGUAAAAAAAAUAAGAAUUCAAUCACAGAGGCAUUGUCAUAAAGUAUUUAUCAGAAUCCCAACACUUAAUUCAAUCUCUUUUUCAUGUAUGUAUUCUGUGUAAUAUUUGAUCCAUUUACCAAGCACCAGGUAAAAAUUUAAAUAUAUCUAUAUAUCCCUCUGGAUGGUAUUUUUUUUUUUUUUGUCUGUGUGUAUUCCUUAUUCUCGGAUCCUCCUGGAAUUCUGAAGGUUCUGCCCGGUAUGUUAGCUCUUCCUAGAACAGCUCUCUUUAGGACAGAGAUCCUACCUGGAUUUUGCUAUGUGCAUAUAUAAGUAAUCCAAUAUAUAUAGUUAUUUAUACUAACUGUUGUCAUAAUCUGUUUAUCUCAAGUGGGCCUUUGAAAAAUGUCUACCUUGGGUAAAGUAGUUUUUGAGAAGUUUCCCCUAUUAUUCCAAAAUUCCCAGGAUGAGAUGCAGAGGAGCACAAACAGACACCUAUGUUAUUAUUAGCAAUUAUUCACUGUUCUUAACACAGCUUUUAAACCAAAUUAUGGGGUGUGAUCUGAAAGGACCAAUGACCAGACACCAACCAUGGACUGUACAGUUUUAACCUUUUGGGUCUCGUCAUUAAAAUGUUGGUUAUGAUCUUUAAAGUCUGCCAGCAUAUAGCUAAGUAUCCUAAUAAGAUAAAACACAUUUUUCUUUUGUUUCUGACAUACAUACCUGAAGUAGAACUUUGGAAUAAGUCUGAAAAUGUUACUGAUCACAUUUAGUGUUAAAACUCUCUCUCUGUGUCUGUCUAUCUAUAUUGUAUAGGAUAGCUCAGUAAAAGAAGAAAUCCAUGUGUAUUCAGAAAUAGUAAGAUUGUGAGAUGAUAAAAAGAGGAAAAAGUCAACAGAGCAAUAACAACAGAAUUUCUAAUAGUAUAUUUGUUAAAAAGAAGAAAUAACGACUUUAAAAAAGCAGGGCUAGUAGGCAGCUCCAAUUUCACUAUUAAGGCAAUAGGGGGUUUUUUUGUCCAAAUUUUUGCACAUCAAGUUCUCAAGACAUCACAGCUAGUGAAAUGAUCUCUACAUGCUUCCGAUCAUUUUGUUGACUGGUUUUCAGCAAACCUGAUCCCAGGUACUGGGCUCACGCUGUAAAAUGUUACAGUUUUUUAUUUUUUUUUUAUAAUUUCUUUUUUUUAGAUUACUUUUAUAUUUAAUUUAAUGAUUUUAAUUUAUGUUUAUGUGCGGACACAAUUUACAUAAUCUGUCAAUUACAUUACUGAUUAUAAUCUCUUACGCAGUGUUUGUAUUUGUAUGCUGCUAGUGUUAGUAUGGAGCGAGAAAGAAAUGAGUUAUUAUUUAGGCUGCAACAAAAUUUACUCACAAUCUGAAUAUAUUUCUAACUUGUACAGGAAUCUAAGCAGGUAUCAUUGCAUUACAAAUAUUAUAUAUUUUAUUAAAUUCUUUUAGCAAUGUGAUGCGUUAGUCAUUUUAUAUUUUUGUAUGCUAGAAUUUUAACAAUAUAUAUUUUUAAAUAUUAAAAAUAAUAAUACUAAACUAUUUAACAACAAAAAGUACAUAAAGUACAUGUAUGUAGUCAUUUUUGCUAGUUUCCUGGUGUGGAGAUGUUAUAUAAUUUAGCUAUUUCCUGUCCUUUGUGUUUUACAACCCACCUCCUAUAGACUGUAAACUAAUUUAAGCAGGGUCCUCUUCAUCCUAUCGUUCCUGUAAGAUUUCUUGUAAUUGUCCUAUUUAUAGUUAAAUCCCCCCCCACCCCCUAAUAAUAUUGUAAAACCUACGGAAUCUGUUGGCGCUAUAGAAUAGGCAAUAAUCAUAAUACUACUACUACUAAUAAUAAUAAUAAUAUAGUCCAGCUUAAUGGUACUCAUUUAUUGACCUCAGAAAGACAAAAGACUGAACUGACCUUACAGGAAUUAGACCUGUCAAUCUGAGAUACUGCGGCUGGAGCUAUAUCCACUGAAAUGUCUCACCAGACAAUAGUUACUACUGUUAAAUCCAAGAGAUUAAUAAGUAAGUGUUGUUUUAAUUUCCAUAUUUUUAAAUUGAAGUACAAUUAAUUAUGUAAAUAUGUAUUUAAAGGGUUCUAUAGUGUUAGGAAUACAAAGCUGUAUUCCUAACACUAUAGUGCACCCUGGUUCCCCCUUCCCUCUUGCCAUCUAGCAUAGAAAGGUUUAAAAACCUUUAAUCAAAUUCCCAAUUCCAGCGCUGAUGUACCUUGGCUCUGGGUCGGCAUGAGUAUGUCCAGCAUCGUUUAUGGGACUCCCUUAGAAUCCCGAAAGCACCUCUAGUCGCUGUCUAAUAGAAAGCCACUGGAGGCAGUCUUAGUCCUGCUAAGUAAUCAUUGCUCUCCAAAACUCUCUCAAAAACUGCAAUGUUUUACAUUGCAGCACUAAGUGCGAUAGGGACACUGUACCCAAACCACUUCAAUGAGCUGAAGUGGUCUGGGUGCCAAUAGUGCCCUUUUAAAUAAAAAACAAGUAUAUACAAUGUAAACGUAUCCAGUGAUUUAUAAAUAUUAUAUUUGAAGGUAACUAUAAUAUUUUAAACAAUCGGAAUUCAAUGUUAACCUCUGGAAAAAUGAGCUUUGAUCUAAAUCCCAAUCGACAAUCAGCUGGAUUAACAUGGGAAACUAAAAAAGAUGUUUAAGUUAUUUCAUUUUUUUUUUUAAAUCAUUAUCUUUACAAAAACUUGGAUGUAUUUGCUAUGAUAAAUGAUUUCUUAUUUUUUCAUCUACAACUAGAUUUGAACAGAUAGCACAUCAAUAAGCAGAAGACUUUUCAGACAUUUCCUGACAACAGCAGAGGAAAGUAACCCUUGUGCUGCCAAAUAGUUUUAGUGUUUCAACUGGGUAGAAUGGGAAAUAUAAAAACCCAUUUUCUUUCUAAUAGGAAAUAGAGUAAUUAGGGCAGUUACAUGUUUAUAAAACACAUCAGGUUCUUGUACAAAUACACGCAGGGUUUGUUCGCUAGAGUUGCCAACAGUCUUCUAAAACUUGUGUCAAAAUAAACAAGUUUAAAAAAAAAAAAAAAACAUGACUAGAGCAGGCUUCCCCAAAUUCCGGUCUCCAGAUGUUGCUGAACUACAAUUCCCAUGAUUCUAUGAAUGAAAUAGGCUGAGAAUCAUGGGAGUUGUAGUUCAGCAACAUCUGGCAGGCCGGAGUUUGGGGAAGCCUGGUCUAGAGUAUACACCCCUCAAUAUUAGGUUUCGACUGCCAAUAUUGGAUGCAUUAAAUCCCAAGUAGUUAUUUCGCAGUCUUGUGAGUGGAGGGGGCAGAGGCUUCGCAGACCUCCACUUUCAGUCAAACCCCUUGAACAAUGUUUGACCCAGAACUGGGAAAUAAUAGAAUAAUAUUAGAAUAAUUGCAUUAUAACUACUAACCUGAAUAGUACUUACCUUGAUUCUGACUUAUCUAGAGAAACAGACUAACUAUAUGUUUUUGUACAGAAAUAUUACUUGAUCUUUUUUUUAGUAGACCAAUGAAUAUAUACCAGCCGGGCACCGUAAGAACCUAUAAUACAUGUCAUGACCUGCUUGAAAUUAGUGGGAGACAGUUACUCUCCUUGGCAGCAGCUGCUGGUAUUAAUUUAUUUCCUGGUAUGCCAGGAGGGAGCUAAGGAAAUGCCUCUCCCAGCAUAUCUCUAAAUAGAGAAGGGCUGAACUAAAACAUUUAUCACAAAUAGCAGCUCCUGCCCAGGAGUGAAAUUUGCACCAAUAUCGGAAUUUCCUGCUGCUGCCCUAACACUGAAGGAACAUUUUCCAAAAAUAAACUAGGUCUGACCAUUCUUGUCUACGGGCAUGUGGCAGCUGAAACCAUAGGCUUAAAAUUCAUGAAAUGGAUCAAGUUAUUGUGAGGUCACCUCCACCAACUUUUUCAGAAGUUUUAGAUCACUAUGAUCCUGAAAUUAAGAAAAGCAUUUCAUUUUUGCUUACGGGAAAAUUUCUACAUUUACUGUGUAGGUCUCAUUACUGGAUUUUCAUUUCAGCGAUAUAAACAUGAUUGAGGACUGUUUACUUCAAUUCCUGGUCAAUGACCUUUCACUAGCAUUUAGGAAAUGCUGUCAACUGUUUUGUUUAUAAAUUUAGAAAAAGAUUUAUUUAUUUUUUUGUUAAAUUAGUUACUAAUGGAGAACAAUUUAAGAAUAAAAACACAAAAUGCCAACAUUUAUAUGCAAAUUGUUACAUACAUACUCUACAAUACUGUAAACCUUUAAAAAUUACAUUUUUGUGAUAUAAUUACUACUGGACAGAUUUGGAGAAGUAAAAUAAAUUUGUCUUCUCAAAUAUAUUCUAUAACCUCCUUUUUCCCCCAAUAAAGAAAAUUCAAACAUUUAAGAUCUUUCACCACAACAGCAAUAAUGGUAUAUAGAUAUAAAAAGUGCAAUGCAUCACAACAGUAUAUUCUUACAAAGCAAAAACCUCUAUAUGUUCGAAUAAAAAAAAAAAAUAGAGUUUUAUUACAGCUUGAGUUUAUUCACUCGAAUCAGGAUGUCAAAUUGCCAUGGGAAAUCUAACAUAGAGGUCAAAAGACCCAAAUUGCCACAAUGGAAGAAAAUCAUAUCUAUCUCAACUAUUUCUCCAAUUUUGUGAUUUUGACUUACAAUUAGCAUUUUUCUUGUUGAUUUCACACAGUUAUCUGUACAAUGAAUUACUCACUUUUUUAAACAUUUAAAAAGGCAGAACAUGGGCAAUUAUAAUGUACACAGAUUAUCUUCCAUGACUGUCCCCUUAAAUAAUUGUAAAUAUAUUCAUAUCUUCCAUAUAAGUUCCGGAAUAGAAAAAUAUGUUUUUAGUGUAAUUUGCCAUUGUAGUUGUUUAUAUAACUACUACUUUGUAUAAAAACUACUGGGUCUCCUUGGGAUAGCUCAUCUGGAGGUAAAAGGUACCGUGUCUAUCUCAUCACCCCCUCUUUCAAUGAAUAACCUGCUUUCUGUAAGAUUUUAUUUUUACUGUCUGACAGAACAAAUAAGACAGGUGAGCCACACAAAAGCACCCUAUAAAUACUACAUCUCAUUGUAAGGUGUAUGGUGCUAGGACUCCUUGAGUGUACUCCCAUACCGUCCAACAUUUAAAAUGGACAAAGAGGGACAUUUUUAUUCUAUAGGUGUGAAUGGUGGUCACGGGCGGGGCUGUUCUGAGAAAUUUUAGGUGACUUACUAGUAACAAUGUAAGCAACUAAAAUGUAAUUUGGAACAUGAACAAUGUACCUAAUUUACACUGACUGGUUUCCAAAAACAUUUAUUGUAAUUAGGACACUAUAGUCACCAGAACAACAAGCUUAAUGUAGUGGUUUCAUGUCUUUGCAUGCUGUAGUAACAAAAUGUAAACAUUUCAGAGAAAAAGGCAGUGUUUGUGGCCUAGAAACACCUCUAGUGGCUGUCACUCACACAGCCACUAGAGGUGCUUCCUGGGAUUGUCUGAAAUGGUCUAUUCUGAUAAUCUCAACUAAGGACGCGAGCAGGGCAGAGUCAGCACCAGCAGACCCUCAUUGCUUUGGACUAAAGGUACGCUUUAACCCUAUUUAAAGAGAGCAACAAUAUUGGGUCAGUAAUACAUGUUUGUAUUCCUGAUUCUAUAGUGUUCCUUUAAAGACACAUUACUGGGAGUAUUAUUGUUGUUGUGGAGCUCUGUUAUACACUCAGACACAUUACUGGGAGUGUUAUUGUUGUUGUGGAGCUCUGUUAUACACUCAGACACAUUACUGGGAGUGUUAUUAUUGCUGUGGAGCUCUGUUAUACACUCAGACACAUUACCGGGAGUAUUAUUGUUGUUGUGGAGCUCUGUUAUACACUCAGAUACACCAACAACAUGGAGGUCCUAAAAAGGAGGGACAUUAGGAUAGAAAAGCUUAACAGAGGUAUUUUGGCCCACCAUAGGGGCUGUAACUUGUAAAUCAGAAAACUUGUGAGGUAUGCUACUUCCUCCAGUGUUUGCACAUCGUCAUUUUCUGUCCAGAGUUAUAUGGCAAUAAAAGACUGGGGGCUGAGGUAAAAUAGAAGAAAAUAGAUUGACACAAGCUGGUAGAAUUGCAUCUAAAGACUUGUUGCAUGUUAACCACUGUAAUAAAAUGUACAGGUAAAUGUGCGCAGAUUGUCCCUUUAAUCCAUAAUGUGAGCUGAUUUGAUAAACCAUUAUGAAAACAUUUAACAAACACUUUUUUGUUAUUUUAUAACUGGCAUUUAUUAACCACCAGCAAUUGGUCAAAAAAUACAGUAUACACAGACCGAUACAAAAGACAAAGAGGGCCCUGUCAGUGAGCUGAGAUCUGGCAAUUGCCAGUCCUUUAUACAAAUACUUAGCUACAAUAAGCCAAUGAGCUUCGAAUCUAGAGCAGGCAUAGGCAACCUUCGGCAUGCCAGAUGUUUUGGACUACACCUACCAUGAUGCUUUGCCAGCAUUAUGGGUAUAAGAGCCAGGGCUGCCAUCAAGGUGUGACAUCGGUGGCCCACGUACUUAAAGUCACUCGAUGGGCUCUAUGUCUUCAGGGGCCCGGUCAGCGUUGUGGCCGUAAAAUAGCGCGACCGUGCCCCUUUUAAAAAAUUGCAGCUGCACCACAAGUGCUGCUGGGAGGAAGUGAUGGCUGAGCAGAGACAGCAUGGAGGCCUCAAAGUGGGAGACCCACGCCGACUUCCAUCAGCCCCAGCCACUCUCCUGCAAGGAAAAGGUAAGAAACAGGAGGGUGGCUGAAAAAUUAGAUGUGUAUGUCAGUAUGCUUGUAUGUCAGAAUGUAUGUCUGUCUGUAUGUAUGUAUGUCAGUAUGUUUAUCUGUAUGUCAGCAUGCAUAUCAGCAUGAAUGAAUGAAUGUAUGUAUGUAUGUCUGUAUGUAUGUCUGUGUGUCAGCAUGUAUGUCUGUAAGUCAGUAUGUAUAUCUGUAUGUCAGUAUGAAUGUAUGUCUGUAUGUAUGUCUGUGUCAGCAUGUAUGUAUGUAUGCAUGUCUGUAUGUGUGUGUGUAUGUGUCUGUAUGUAUGUCAGUAUGUAUGUGUGUGUCUGUGUCUGUAUGUGUUAGUAUGUGUAUGUCUGUGUAUCUGUAUAUUUGUGUAUGUCUCAGUAUUUGUGUGUCAGUAUAUAUGCAUAUAUGUGUGUAUGUGUGUCUGUUUCAGUAUGUGUGUCUGUUAGUAUGUAUGUGUGUCAGAAUGUGUGUAUCUUUGUCUGUGUGUAUCUGUGUCCUUUUGUAUCAGUGCGUAUGUUUGUGUCUGUGUGUAUUCCUAUGGGCAGGAUUCGUAGGUGAUCCCUGUGGGCAGGCUUGGAGGCAGGCCCACGGGGGCCAGACCCUGAGCUGAGUUAGGCGGCCCUGGUAAGAGCAUUAUGGGGGAUGUAGUCCUCAACAUCUGGAGUGCCGAAGGUUGCCUACCCCUGAUCUAGAGGUUCAAAUGGGGAGUUGAGGAAAAAGUUAGCAGGGGGGAUUUGGAAGUGAAGGAAUUAAAUGAUAAUUGCAGCCACUGGUAAGAUGUGAAGGGAAUGUGAAGGUAAUUGAGUGUACCUGAAGAAGGAAACAGGGUGGGUGGUUAGUGCUUAGUGGAAAUUAAGUUUCUCUAUUUUAUGUUUUUUAAUUGUUCUGUCUCUUGCUGGUUUUGUGGAUUAAAGGUUUCUGGACAGGAGUGGAGAGACAAAGUAAGGUAAACUUUUAAGCUCAAAGAAGCAAGUAAAGGAGAAAUAGAGGGGUGGGUAAAGAAAACAUUUAUUGUAUACAAAGUUUAAGUGCAAACCUGGUGAUAACUGUGAAAAGUUCUAUAGAACACAGUGUAAUCACAAAUAAACCCCCCCAAAAAUCUGAGACCGAGCACACAAUAAACGAUCUGAUAAAAUAUUACCAUACAAAACAACCUAAAAUCAAGCAUAAAAAUAGCUCAUGGUAGAGCAUAUCACAAGUAGUCAUUAAAGUAUAACGUAUAAAUUGUGUCUUCUUGUAGUAAUUCGGCUGAUAAACGUCACCAGCUCGAAUAAUAACCUCCCUCCUCUCCGACAUGGAUCAGGAAGCAAGAAAACUUUAUAAAAGAAAUUAACACUUUAAUCAGACACAAUAAAAUAUUAAUAUAAAAUAUAAGAUACACCUAAAAAGUAAAGGCAGAGAAAAAAUUCAUAGGGCAACACUAUAUAAUGAAAUGUGGCCCCUUGGUGAUAAUAAUACACUCACAGGAUGUACGAAUAUUAAGAGCCCAGCAAGGUUCCUUUAAAUGCUCAGCUACAGACGUCCUCAAUGUCCCAGGGUACAUGUCAAAAGGAAAAAACUGAACAUAGUACAGUAAUGUUUAAAAUGUAAAACAACACUUUAAUUAGACACACUUACAAGAAGUAAAAGAUAAAAAUGCCCAUCAAUAAGUCUCUAUGUCCCUCUGUUUCACCUGGAUAGGAGACCGGAAUAAGCUGUGAUACAGAGCUCAACGCGUUUCGUCUCUUAAUAGAGACUUCCUCAGGAGAAAAUAAAAUAAAAUACAAUCGUAACAGCAGAAGUAAAACAUUACCAAAUAUCAAAGUCCAAAGUUCCUUUUGAAGGUCCUCUCAUCGUUCAUUCCACCAAUCAGGGGCGCUGAGGUCACCUGUCCGUAGUUUCUUCAUUAGCUUUUGCCAUAUAAGGACUUCCGUUUUUCUUCGUGGAACGCACAUGCGUUCCACCUAUCGGCGGUUCACGAUGACGUCAUUGGUCCGCGCGUGGAACGCACAUGCGUUCCAUUUCGUCACUUCAGUUCAACGGAGAAAAUCUCAAAACACAAGCAUUGGAUGUAUUAGGCAAAGUUACACCAAGUUAUCAAUAAGAUACACUUUAACACUCCAUAUUUAUAAAAUAGGUCAAAUAUACAUUAGAUAUAUAUUGUGGAGCACUUCUCACAGAGGGAAAUGAUUAAGGGUAUCACAAGCUAUAUAAGUAAUCAUUCAAAAAAUAAAUGAAUAAAUGAAAGAAAAAAAAAUAAUGAUGGAAAAAAAAUAAUAAUGAUAAUAAUGUUGUUAAUGUACAAUAAAAUAUUAGUAAUAAAAGCAUGAAGUCCAUGCACACCACGUUUUUAACCCAAUUGGUCGUCUUCAAAGUGAAAGAAACUCCCACAUCAUCCUUUUUAGAUAGAGUCCUUCCAGUAAUUGCGGUGUCUUCAUCUUUGAUUUUCCUGUAAUAUACUGGACAUUCCAUCUGCUUUAUCAUGUCUGAACGUCCGGACGUCAUCGAUAUGAUGUUAUCAUUGUGAUCCGGUGUGGGUGCCAUAUCAAAUCUAGUUCCUGAUAGUAUUGUUAAUUUUACUUAUGGGUAAACAUCCUUUUUGCAUAUAUGUUAACGGUUUGGUUUACCCAUUAUUCCUUAGUACAUAAUCUGAAGAUUAAAAAUGAUUCAACAUCCUUUAAAUUUAUCAAAUACCUCAUUAACACCCAUAUCAACAGUUGCAGGAGAGUAAUCAGGGUGUGGGGAGAGAAAGAUGUUCACAGUUUAAUUAAUGUGCUUUCCUAAAGAAGUACGUUUUCAAAGAUUUUUUGGAAGCAGUGGAGAUUGGGUAAGAGUCUAACAGAGGUGGGAAGGGCGUUCCAUAGGAAUGGUGCAGCCCUAGAGAAGUCUUUAAGGUGAGCAUCAGAGGUAGGAGUACGAACAGAGGUUAGACGUAGGUCUCCGGCAGAGCCUACGGGCCUAGAUGGGACAUAUUUGUGUAUUAGUGAGGAUAGGUAGGUUGGCGCAGCAUUGUGUAGAGAUUUGUAAGCAAGUAUCAGGAUCUUAUAUUGAGUCCCAAAUCUUAUGGGAAGCCAAUGUUGUGACUAACAGAGGGGAGGUGUGGGAGGUGCUGGUGGACAGGAUGAUGAGCCUCACUGCUGCAUUCAUUGUAAGCUGUAACGGGGCAAAUUGGGAACACAUAAGACCAGUGAGAAGCAGAUUACAGUAGUCAAGGCGAGAGAGGACAGCAGCAUGGACGAGCACCUUUGCCGUGUUAAGUGUUAAAGAGGGUCGGACGCAAACUAUGUUUUUGAGAUGGAAGCGGUAUGAUUUGGCAAUUGAUUGGACAUGAGGGGUGAAGGAGAAGUCAGAAAACACCGAGGCAGUGAGCCUGCAAGGUAGAGCAGAUAGUAGCGCCAUUGACCUGGAGGGAAACAGACAAGGGAGUAGCAACACUUGAGGGAUGGAAGACCAGAAGUUCUGUUUUGGACAGGUUCAGUUUAAGGAAAUGAGCAGCCAUCCAGUUGGAAAUAGCAGAGAGUCAGUCAGAGACACGAGUCAAGAGGGGUGGUGAGAAAUCAGGGGAGGACACAUACAUUUGCGUGUCAUCAACAUAGAAAUGAUACUGGAAGCCGAAUGAGCAGAUGAGUUUACCUAGUGAGGCAGUAUAUAUUGAGAACAGUAGGGGACCAAGGACAUACUCUCGGGAACACCAACAAGGAGGGAUUGGGGAGAAGAGGAAGAGCCAAAGAAAGAAACCCUGAAAGAGCCCUGGGAGAGUUAAGAAGAGCACCAGGAGAGAGCGUCUCUAAUCAGUAGCUAUUAGGAAAAACUAAUGCAUGCUAAAUUGUAAUUUUUCUUAAUCAUUUGUUUUCUGAGUAUGAUAAAAUGUUAGUGUUCAGAUUUGUAUGUAUUUUUUUCUCACCACCUUGUUAUUUCAGGUAAAAGAAGAAUAUCUCUUAAUCCUCUGCGUGUUUGCUUCUGUCUGCAUGAUAUCAAACGCACAUGGUAAGAAAUUGGAACAAUGCAAAUAUUGUAAUUUUUAUAAUGAUUUUGUUUAAGUAUAUAGGAUGUUAAUCUUUGUACUUCCUUUUCAUUUCUAUAGAAAUUCUAAAAUAUCCAUAGGUAUUCCAGCAGCCAAUCCGCUUCUUGGUAAGGAAGGGAGGAGAAGGGAUGGUGCAAAAGGCCAGGGAGAGAGAAAAACAGGGAGACACAGAUGGGAGACACAAAGACUGCCAGCCAGCCUCUCAAACAGACAAUGCAGAAAUGCUGUAGGAGUCCCAUCAAAUACUGGUCCUAGUGCCCAUUCCAGUCCUGCUGGCAGAUUUCAAAAUGUAGGACUGGUCGCCGGGACCUCUAUUUGCUGGGAUAGUAACCCAAAAUGCAGGGCUGUCCUGGUAAAUUCUGUAGUGUUGGCACCUCUGAAAUGCCACUAUUUUUUUUUUUAGCGUUACUAUUUAUGUUACUCACUAACUAGCCAGGUGGGAGGUCAACUGGAUCUAAGAUACUAAAAUCUAAAAAACUUUGUACUUGGUUCUGGUACAUAAGAGAUGUACUUCUAGUAUGGGAGAGUGAUAUGACCUCUUUUCAUCAUUGGAUCUAUAUUCUAAAUGAGAAUGACAUUGGAUUGAAACUAACUUCACUCACUCUUUUUAGAUCUAGAAAUGUGUAUCAAUGACCAAUAUAGACUGAUGACCAAAUUAUAACAUAAGGGCAUGGCUACAAAUCGCUUCCUAAACUGGAAAAGUCAUCAUCCCCUUGCAUUUAGAAGGGGUAUUCCAUGUGGCCAGUAUCUUUAUGCAUGUAGAAAUUGGAGCAGAGAUGAAGAUUUUUUUCAGCAUCUAUUCUGAAAUAUAUUUUUUUCUUGAAAAAGGCUAUACAAGGAGAAUAUUAAAAGGGGCAAUAUGCAAUAGAGAUGGUGUGGUGAUGUGGUGUAAGGAAAAACAACACUAAAGUGGAUGUAGCAUUGUACAAACAGUACUCCACAGAUAAAUAAAACGGCAAAUGUUAAAUAGCUCACAAUAAAUAGAAGAUAUGUGAGUCUUCCUAUCGUACUGGUGUUACAAAUAUCAGCAAUGGAUGGUAGAGAAGUACAAUCUUGAUAUCCUUUUGAUAGCUUAAGACAUGAAAACAACAUACUGUACGUAGUGUAAACCCAUUAAACAACCAGAUUAAGUUUAAACAUAUUGCACUUACUAACAUACAUGACACAGAAUGUGGCAGUGAAAGCCCAAAACAGGGACCAAAGUUCGAAUUCAGUGGGAAGCUGUCUCCAACAGUAGAAUAACAUAUACCAAAAACACAACAAAAAAGUGUAGUGAAAACCUCCAAUAUCACCCACACAAUGGUUAACCGUGUAAACACUGUUACAGUAAUAGAUGCAAUAUGCAAGAGAGAUAGUGUGGUGAAUACGUGAAGCAUUAGGGGUAUGUUGCAUAGCCACUGCAAUACAGGGUCAAUACUUACUUCAGACUGUUGAGUGUGACAGUACAUUCUACCAUGACAGCCAGACGGCCUUCUAAUCUUUCAGAUCUUUCGGUCAAUAGUCAACUGUCUCUCCAACAACAACCUGGCUGAAACCACUCAGAGGAGUUUACAGAUGUGACAAGUGUAAGGCUUGCCAAUGUAUCAAACUAACAAACCGAGUAGCAAGUAGAAUGGGCAAAAAGUCAAGAUCAUAUUUAUCAUUUGCUCUUCCACAUUUAGUGCGUUUUUAAUUACCUGAUCGUGCCAUCUCUAUUACAUUGGGAAAAUGUUUCAAUAAUUCCAUCAUCGGAUCUUGCAGCAUGUGAACUUGGUGUUGACAGGACUAGAACCCCCUGUUUCCUAUCACGUAUGUCUUUUCCAUGAUGGGAAUCCAUCCCACCUAUCUUUUCAAAUAAAUUUACUUUCACCGAAAAUUGUUACAUUGUGAAUCCCACUGGAUUUAUGAAUUCUAAACUAGGCUAAACGAGGAAUUUAAUUACACUACCUCAAUUAUACAAUCUAUUCUAGGCAUUCCCUACAUUGUAUAUUCAAAUAUAUCUUGGCGUAACCUUCAAUAACUAACUAAGGCCUCACCUUAAUAUUGUUGAAAUUAUUUAACAUUUCUGCAUAAACUUUUUAUAUACAUUACAUAUACAAAAUAUAUCAAAAUGCCAAAAAUAUCCAAUUAUAACAAAGAUAAAAUAGUUUUAAUAAUAUUGAAUCAUUUUUAAAGUUUAUUCAAAAAUGUGUAACCAUUUGGAGAAUGCAUUCAACAAUAUCAAAUUGAGGCUUAAAUUCCUUUUUAAUUUGAAAUUAUUUUUAACUCUUUUGUAGAAAAAUAUUCUUUGCCUUAGUUUGUAGCAAUGUAUUUGCAGUUAUAAUUAUAUUUCACUUUAUUAAUAGGUUUCCCCCCUCUCUCCAAGUUGUUAAUACCAGUUCCCUUAUGGUCCAUGAAGUGCAGGUUUGAUGGCACCGUAGUUGUACAAAAUUACUUUAACUACUUACUUUCUUUUGGAUGACGGUCCAUUAUCUGGCUACAUAGUGACUACUAGUGAUUUUUUUUUGAGACCAGUACAUUUUUAAUAAGAAUCGAGCAGUUUAAACUAACAUGGUAAAUGCAGAAAGCUGACACAUUUUUUGUGAUUGUUCUCCAAAGUGGAACUUUUUAAGUAUUUUAAAUAAAAGUUAACUUUUACUAUUAUCCGCUAUCCCCUUUAUACCCAUUUAAUGGUGCAGUUAUAAUUGUAUUUUAUUGCAUGUCACUGUAUGGGUUUUACAUUCUUUUUUUCACGCUUUACUUUUCAAUAAAGCAGACUUAUAUUUUAAUUUGCAGUUGAUGUGCUAACCGAAAAUCCCAAGCCAGUGAAAGUGGGUGAAAAGGUAACCUUAACAUGCACGCUGCAAAAAAAGGAUUAUAAAGCUAGACUAGUAACAUGGAAAAGGACUAUAAAAGACAAAGAUGUCACUUUGGGCACUUUCUCUGCUGUGAAUAGAGAAAUGAUUGUAAAUCAGUAUAAAGACAUUUUGAGUAUCACCACUCCAGGCCUUUAUAGCACGGCCAUCACAAUAUGGAAAGCCACACUCGGUGAUGAAGGAAAUUACAAAUGCAUUUUCAGUGUCGUUGGAAUUCCAUCAUUAGAGAAAAACAUCUUUCUUUAUGUGUACGGUAAGAAAUGUUCCUUUUUUAAAAACUUACUUUAUGUAGGAUUUCCUAAAGAGUUACGUAAAGCACUUCUCACAUCAGUAUUACAUUAAUUGGGAAUGAAUGUUUGUUUGUUUUUUUUUACAAUAUAAUUUGAUCUUGAUUUUCUGAGUCCCCUGACAAUAAAACCAGUGCAAAUGCAGUGCAUAUUCCUCCAGCCAAGGUGGCAACUUAUUUAUGUGGUAGAACAAAAACAGAGAGACACAGAGAACCAGAAAGACAGAUGACAAGAGACAUCAUAAAUUACAAAUAUAGAAUUGUUUUGUUUCUAGAACCCCCUCUAUGCCAUUACGUUUUCCUUAUGCAUGUUUCACUGUUGUCUAUUUUUAAAGUUUGGUGUAUUUUUUUUUUUAAUAAUAGCAACAAGACAUCUAUUGCUUCCCAGUCACUAAUAAAAUAAAGCGAAACCUGACACUGGGGGCUCAACAUAAUUAGGCAUGAAAAAGUAAUUGUUCAGCCCUUGCUCCUUUCAGUGGCAGGUAUGGACUGUAAUAUGAUAAACAGAGGGACAUAGGGUUCCUUCAGCCCCCUGUUGAUGGGUGGAAUAUAAAUAAUCAUGGAGGGGGAGCAUCCUCCAGCCCCCACCGAUGGGUGGCACAUGAGGGAUAUUUUAACAUUAAUAAGAAGAUAGACAUGUUAUUAUCCAUCCCCUUACAAUAAAGGUUGGACAUGCCAUUUUCCACCCCCAAAAGUUAAGCCCACUAUAUAGCCCCCCUGGGAGGCUAGGAGUCCCCAAGCUCCUAGCAAUCCUCCGACAAUUAAAAAAAAAAAUUCUGCAUACCUACCUCACUGUAAUAAUUGUGAGGUGGACUACUUAAAUAAACUACUUGUAAAAUAAAAUGUAAUACUUGACAUCAGUCUUCUUUCUUCUUAAAUCAUUUUUCAGCCCCACUAACAGCUAAAUAAAUAUCUGUUAAUUUCCGAUGCUACUAUUAACCCCCCCCCCCCCAAAAAAAAACCUAAUAAGCAAAAAACAAAACAAAACCACGCAUAAACAUUAAUCCAUCUUCACCCAUGGAAAGCUAUGCUCCAUAUGCUAAUCAAUCAGAGUGCUCACACAAGUCUCACUUUUCAUUAACAUCACACUCCUUUUGAACCUUUCUAGCAAUCCUCCAUUACACUAAUGUGAGUAUCGUAUUGACCUCCAUACAGCACUGUAUUUUCCGCAAGGCUAACAGGGCAUUUGCCAUGGAUGGCACUUUCCAGAGUGGGCGGCAAAAAACACCACCCCAAAUGCCUCAGCAGAUGUCUUGUUAGUUUAGUGUCAUCGGGGGCCCAAGAGCUGGCUGCUUGGCCACCUUAUGGCCCCCGGCCAAGUUGGGGCGGCCAUGUGUAUUGCAGGUGGGCGGCGAGGGAGAUCUGAUCUCUGUGCUCUUAUUGCUCCCUUGCUCACUGCUGGAUUGGGCCUGCUUGCCUGCUUGAACUCCAAGACAGGAUCUGCACUGGACCCAAGUGAAAAAAAAAUCCACUCCAUCUCUCCCAAAGGUAGGGAGGCUGAGUGAACUUAAAUGAAAAUAAAAAAAUAUUUGUAAGUGUCUGAGAAAAUGUGAGUGUGUGUCUAUUAGUGAGAGUGUGUGUCUGUCAGUAAAUGUGUGUAUGUCAGUGAGUGUGUGCAUCUCUUGUCUGUCAGUGAAUGUGUCUGUCCAUGAAUGUGUGUGUCUGUCAGUGAAUGUGUGUAACUGAGUAAGUGUUUGGCUAUCAAUGUCUGACUGCCAAUGAAUGUGUGUGUGUCUGUCAGUGUCUAUCUGUCAGUGAGUGCAUGUGUCUAUCAGUGAAUGUAUAUGUGUCUGUGAGUGUGUGUUUGUCAAUGAGUAUGUGUCUGAGUGAGUAAGUGUCUGUCUGUCAGUGAAUGUAUGUGUGUAUGUCUGAGUGAGUGGCUAUCAGUGAGUGUGUUUGUGUGUGUGUCUGUCAGUGUGUCUAAUCAGUGAGGAUGUGUGUGUAUUUUAGUGUGUGUGUCAUAGUGUGUCUGUCAGUGUAUAUCAGUGUAUGUGUAUCUGAGAGUGCUGGCCUGUCAGUGAGUGGGUGUUUCAGUAAGCGUGUGUCAGUGUGGGCGUGUGAUGGUCAAUCAAAGUGCGUGCAGGUUUUAAGCAGGAAAAGGUGCUGCCUUAAAAGGAUGGGGUAAGGCAAAUUCAGAUUAGAGGGACAGCACAAAACUAAAAUACACCACUGCCCCAUAAGAUUUUUCUAACUUGCAAAAAGCAUCUAUCAACAACUUGUCAAAUCUGAUGAAGCAUUUUUUUUGAAACGGCAUUAAACCAACUCACUCAAUAUUUUUAAUUUAAUGUUUAGGUAUCCGCUUUAGUUUUCAACAGUUGUAAGAUUGUGAUAAGCCUUUAACGGCAGUAAUUGAAUCGAUCUGAACCAUUAAAUGACUUGUAAGAGAGCUGAUAGACUGACAGUUACGGUGCCCGGUUCCAAUUAAAUGGAGGUCAUAGAUAGAUGCACACAUACAUAGAUGUAAAGGUUUGUUUGUAAUGUAGGGAUGGAGUGAAAAUACCCAUAAAAAUAGGAAACAGGUUUGAUGGUAAAACAGUGCCUUUUUAAUUUGUAAUAUAUUUUUUUUCUGUCAUAGACAGGCUACUCCAAAUUCUGUUUCAUUAAUAUCUGUUAAAAUCCUGGAGCCACAGACGGGUUUGAUAUCAGCAGACAUAUUGUUGUAACACAGAGUAUUUAUUUUAUGUUAUAGAGCCUGUGAAAGGAUCACUAACAAAAUACAACGAAACAUCUAACUCCUUCACGGUUACGUGUGUCACAUCUAGUUGGCCUGUUGCAGAAGUAUCUUGGUUUGGAGUGGGAACGAAUAAUAAAAAUGGAACCCACAUGGAGACAACAAACGGAACAGCAACUCUUACAAAAUGGAUAGUUCUGGACGCUAAAAGCAAAAGUGAAUUAACCGAAAAACUAGAGUGCAGAGUCCAUCAUAUGGGGAAUAAUACCAUAUUUAAACUACCACGUAAGUCCUUCGCUGUUUGUCUCACUGUAUUAAAUUGAUGUAAAAAGUCUAUCACAGUGAUAACUUCUCUUUUAGAUACCACCUGUCCCCCACACCAGUCACCUGUUGUUCUCAACAUAUCACAGGCAUGCCCCCACCAGUCCCAGUUCCUCACUAUAUUGCUGUAUUGCUUUCAUUAAUUCGAUACUUCAAGUUUGUUAACUUGACCAAAAAAUGCAGAUGCAAGAAAUGAUAUAGACUGAGUUAGCUUGAUAUUUCAGCUUCCCAUGGGUCUUUUAUCAGUUGGUAUUUCAGGUGGUAUUUGGGGUAUCGAUCAUUCUUGGAUCCUUUGCCAGAGGCAUGUGAGUCUUAGACACUCUUCUGGACAGAGAUCUCAGAUGUUCCACCUGGAAUCUGCUGAAGUCACUCUUCCAACUUGGGCUCCCAUCACAACUAGAAACUACUUCUACCUUCACUUUCCACAUCCUUUCUAGCUCCUCUUUCAGUCCGUGGUAUUUUUCCACCUUCUCGUGUACCGUCUACUUGGUGUUAUAGUUACUGGGUAUUGCCACAUCCACCACCACUGUGGUCAUCUGUUUCUUGUCUACCACCAUGAUGUUGGGUUGGUUGGCCAGUGCGUGCUUGUCUAUCUGGGUCUGGAAGUUCCACAGGAUCUUAGCACUGUCAUUUUCAACUACCCUUUCUCUUAUUUCCCAUCUAAAUUUAAGCAGGUCCAUCUAAUAUUCUGUGCAGAUAUUUUGUUAUACAAUCGCAGCAUUUGUUUGUGCUUCUCAGUGUAUGCUGUUCCUGCUAACACCUGGCUGCUGUGUUCUGGAUUUUCUCUGAGGCCAUUUAGUACAGAGUGCACCUUUGGUCUUGUCUGGAGUGGUAGACCCCCACUUAUGUUGACUGUUCCUAUGCUGCAAAUAUUACUGCCUUAGUGCUGUCUUACAGUGUGUGUAUAAAUAUAUACUUGUGUACUGUUACUUAAAGGACAAAUGUCACUUAUUUUAAUAUAAUAAUCCAGGUGUGAAAACAAAGUAGAUUUUUUUGAUAAACGAAGUGUAUGUAAAACAACAAAAAUAAACAAAAUGAGGAUACCUUAUCCGUACCUUGACAGGAUAUAACAAGAUUCUUCAGCCAUGUAUAUGAACCUUGGGUCAGACAGGUUGACAGUUAGUCUCUAUGGUCUGUGUUUCUGUGCAGGGAGGUAAGACCAUAGAGACUAACUGUCAGUUUUCCAAAACUGCCUGACCCAAGAUGCAUGUAUAUGGCUAAAUAAUCCAGUCAUAUAUUAAAGGUAGGAAUGAGGGUUUUUUCUCUUUUUUUUUAACUUGAAUUUUUUUUAAAAGAACCUAUAUACUCAAUGUAAAGGAUAUACCCAACAUGAAGAACGGUGUUAUCCAAAAGGACAAGAUGAAGGACAGUGAUGUAUUACCAGUCCUUAGAGUGGUUGGGCUUAAUGCUGAGCUUUAAGAAAGUGAAAUAGAAUAGACAGAUAACAAGCAGCGGUCAAAGAAUACGAGAAACGAAGCCAAGUCAGGGAUAUCAGAAGACAGGAAUUUCAAGAACAAGCCAAUUCAAUAAACAUAAUAAAUCAAAAAGAAUAUAAAUGCGUUAUUGGGAUAACAGGAAACCCACAACAAGAUGUUGUGCUCCAGAGCAUUAGCGGUGUUAUAGAUACUGACCCCUGUUUAUUGCUUUGCAUCAUAUUUGCAUUUACAGAACAUACUUGUGGAUAGUCACCAGCAUCAUAAAAGCUUCCCCCAGUGUUACAUUUAUGACACAUACAUGCACUUGAAUAGCAGGACGUGGUAUGGCAGGGUCCUGCAGCAGAAAUAUUGCGAGAAUGACACAAAUAUGGAUACCCUGGUUUCUUGUUGUUUUUAUUAUACUGAAUCUGUGACCAGUCAACCCCCAUCCCUUCACACUGUGUGGGGAGGUAUUUUACAGGGUGAGCACUCAUGGUUAGUCUUGUCUCUCUGUGUUAAUAAAAUUAAUAAAUUGAGGUAAAACGAAUCAAUAGCCAGUUACCUACCUUGGUCGAAAAGCCAUGAGGAGGAGACACAGAUCCACAGGGAGACACAGAUAGUGUAGGCACUUACCACAACACUACAAGCAGAAGCUCUGAAUAUUUGGGUGUCGUUUGUGGUGGGGUCUAAAUAACCCCAUUUGUCACUAUUUUAGUACAUUUCAUUGUAUGAGUUUUAUAUCCUUUUUUUUUUUUUAAUAAUGCAGACCAAUAUUUUUAUUUGCAGAUGUGCUAGCUGAAAAUCCCAAGCCAGUGAAAGUGGGUGAAAAGGUAACCUUAACAUGCACGCUGCAAGCAUCUGAUUAUAAAGCUAGACUAGUAACAUGGAAAAGGACUAUAAAAGACAAAGAUGUCACUUUGGGCACUUUCUCUGCUGUGAAUAGAGAAAUGAUUGUAAAUCAGUAUAAAGACAUAUUGAAUAUCACCACUCCAGGCCUUUAUAGCACGGCCAUCACAAUAUGGAAAGCCACAACCAGUGAUGAAGGAAAUUACAAAUGCAUUUUCAGUGUCGUUGGAAUUCCAUCAUUAGAGAAACACAUUGUUGUUUCUGUGUACGGUAAGAAAUGUUCCUUUUCCAAUCUUACUUUGUAGAGGAUUUCCUAGAGAGAUUAUUAUAGCACGUCUUACAUCAGUAUUACGUUCAUGGUUGGAAGGAUUGGAAAUAAAUGCAUUUUUUUUCCAGUCGAAUUCUAUCUUGACAUUCGUAGCCGUAGUACAAUAAAACCAUGACUUGUGUGAAAAAACAGAAACUCAGAGAACCAGAGAUAUCUUAAAUGACAAAUGUUUACUUAUUAACUGUUUCUUUCUAGAACCCCUUCUAUUACAAUAUUUUCUGUUUCACAGUUAUGUAUUUUUUAUAUGUGAUUUCAAUCGUUAAAAAGUUUUGUCCCAUUAGAUACAUAUUUAGAUAUUUAAACCCUCUUAAAUAACUGGAACCACAACUUGAUUUUACAUUCAAAGACAUCUUCAUGUAACAGAUUUAUGUUUCUAGUUUGGCAGACGAGAUGGGCCGAAUGGUUUUUAUCUGCCGUCACAUUCUAUGUUUCUAUGUUUUAAUUUUUUUAUUUAAUUUUUUUAAUUACAGAGCCUGUGAAGGGAUCGCUAACGAAAUACAAUGAAACAACUGAAUCCUUCAUGGCUAUGUGUGUUACAUCUAGUUGGCCUGUUGCGGAAGUAUCUUGGUUUGGAGUGGGAAUGAACAAUAAAAAUGGCACUCACGUGGAGACAAUAAAUGGAACAGCAACUCUUACAAACUGGAUAGUUCUGGACACUAAAAACAAAGGAAAACUGGAGUGCAGAGUCCAUCAUAUGGGGAAUAGUAACACAUUUAAACUACCACGUAAGUCCUUUACUAUAUGGUUCACGCUUUUGUCUUCAGUUGUUAAUUAAUAUCUAAGAAACAUUCUUUCUAUGAAAAUAUCUCAACUAUAUCACUAUAUAGAACUUGGUGUGAACAUAAGGGAUUUUAUUAUCUUCGUAGGAGUUGGAUAUUUUUCUUUCCACCUUGACUAUAUAUUACACAGUCAGUUUAUCCUCUCCACCAUGUCUUCAGAACAAUUUGGUGGUGUUUGUAGUCCUAUACCGUGUAACAGGAUCUAUAAAGACCAGAUUAUUUCUGAAACCACUUCUCGCUUGUAUAGUGUUUACUUUUAUUUUGUUUGCAUGUUUUGCUGUGAGAGGCCUCUUGAAGGGCUUCGCUUUAAUCUAAGACAGGCAACUCUGAUGUGGACUCUGUUAGCCUGCUACUGCCAGUUCCGGGUAUUUAUUCCCUAUAGCUAGUCAUUUUUUUUAAGCUGUUCUGUUGCUACUUAUUACUGCUAAUGCAAAUAAUAGGCAGCAAUAUUGAGAUCAAAUAAAAAAUGUCUUCUCUUCCUUAUAUUUUCCAACGUGUGGAUAUAAAAUGCAUGCAGCAACAUACAACAUACAGGGUUUGUGGGUCCCAAUGUAGCAGUCUAUGUGUUUCGCACUUCAGCUCUGGUUAAAUGACUGGUUAAAGUGCUUAUGGACAAAACACGUAGACUACGGCUACAUUGGUAAUCCGCAAACCUGGUAUGAUGUAUGUUACUACAUGUGCCACACGUGGAAUAAUAAAGGAAGAAUAUAAUUUAGUAUUUUGUCUUAAUAUUGCUGAAUGUUAUUUGUAUUCACUGAUAUAAUUUGAGUGGUUGGACCACUGCGUUUUCAGCAAUUGUGAGAUAUAGGAUAUUCUGUUAAACUGACUGGGCAACUGCAGGACAACUGCCUCAUUUAUUUAAGCAUUACCCAUUACUGCAGUCUCAAACAGGGAUCAUAGUGACCCAUUUAUUGUACUCUGAUGGGAACAAAUCUGUUUUUUUUGUACAAUGUGUUUUUGUAAAAUCUUAACUUAUAUAUCUGAUAACCAAACCCGAAAUGUACUUACCUCUUGGUGGCUUCAGGGUACACAUGAUACCAGGGCUUAUCCAACAAUAUUAAAAAGAAGCUUCUAUUGGGUGAGGACCAAGGAUACAUGUGUGAAUCAAAAUCAAAAUGCAAAAUUUUGCACAGACAUACAUAGGUUUCAAAUAUUCUUCAAAAUAUUAAAGCACUUUAAAGGUUGAUUAAAAACUAUUGAAUCAUUUAAUUACAAGAGAUGAAAAUUUCCCCCAUCACAUGUCAUACAUGUUAAAGUAUUUAUUUACUGUAAAUAUUAGUAGUAUGUCCCAGACCUGUCAUAAUAAUACAAUCAGUAAUUGCGCUUUCUGUUUUAAUUAGCUCCUGUAACCGGCCUCCAGCCAACCAUUAUUUUAUUAAUAAGUGGUAUGACAUUGGUGAUUAUCGGGAUUCUGGCAGCUGUGUUUUGUCGUUCUAAGAGAAAGAGUUCUUCGGAGCGAAUAAGUCAUUAAAGUUCAGUAUUCUUUUAACAGGGUAAGACUAAUUGGAGUUUGUACACAGAUUAUUGUGGGGCUAGGAGAAAGUAAUAAUUAAAUAAAUAAUAAAAAAUAGAUUAAUGUGCCUUUGCCAUCCAAAGUAAAAACAAGAAAAUGUUUGGGGUAUAAGGGGAGGCAAAGAGAUGAACCCUGCCACUUCAUUCUAUAAUGGCACCCUCGGUUCCUCACUUGUAAAGUAGCAAGGAAACUGAUGGUAACUGUGGCAGGAAUUAUUCAUGACUGUACCAUGACACAUUACAUUCAUGGAUGCACAUGUAGAUGGUUAUAUUUAAAGGAACGCUAUAGGGUCAGGAAAACAAACAUGUAUUCCUGACUUCCUGACCCUAUAGUGUUAAAAACACUCUCUAUCCUCACUGACCUCCCCUGUGCCCCUAAAUAUAGUAAAGUGUUACCUUUAUUCCAGUCUGUUGGGGCUGGCUCUGCCCUUGAUCUGCCUUCUUGGCUGACAUCAUCAGAAGUGAUGAUCUCAGUCAAUCACAAGGUUUUCCCAUAGGAAUUUUCAUAGGAAUUCUGAUGAGGUGGGCCGGUCGGGGUCAAAUGCCAUCCUGACCAAUCAGCAUCUAAUCAUAGAGAUGCAUUAAAUCAAUGAAUCUCUGUGAGGAAAGUUCAGUGUCUCCAUGCAGAGGGUGGAGACACUUAAUGUACAGGAAGCACCGCUAGAUGGAAAGACAUCGAGACUCACUGGUCUCUCAUAUAUAUUAAACAGCAAAAGUAGCAGUAGUAGAUGCAUGAGUAUGACGUAUCUGCUUGUUGUACUUAAUAAUGGUGACCUCACUUUGAUACUGUUGGAUACGCUUUUCAAAAAGGUUUUAACAUUUUGGGAUAAAGUUUAAAAAUGAUUUCAUUUUGUGAUGAAUAGUUUAAAUUUUUUAAAUUUAAUGUUGAAAAUAUAAUUUUAAAAGUGUAUCCAAAAAUAUUAAGUAGUUUGUUAAGGUUAUCCAAUAAAAUAAAAGUACUGAGUGAUAUAUUACCAAUAUAAUCUGGUUAAAUAUCCAUUUCUUUUAAUUGAGUAGAUAUGGUGUGUUUUAUAAGAUCUGCAACAUAUGUGUAAAUGUGCACAGUUUCUUUGAAAUAAUGUUAAUAGUUUUUGAAUAUUUUGUCUUUCCAGUCCCUUCUCGGAGUAUUCGUCUUCAUCCAUGCUUCUGCUUUGAGAUCUUUUUGGGCUUACUCAUUUACUUCUGA